UCUACAAUUAUAAAUACCCGUUCUUGUUGCCCAGAGGUUACAUUUGGGAAAUUACUGGCAACUCAAGCCAUGAAGUUUCUCGCGUUGCUCCUACUCGCGGGCUUUGCCCUCGCAUCGGCUAUUCCCGUGCCUCCGCAAGAUGCUCUAGAUGAGGUUCACGAACUUCACGAACUGUACAAUUUGGCUCUUGAAGCUGAAGGCGAUGAUGUGGAGAGUGAUCUUCAAAAGCAACUCAAAGAGCGGUGGGAGAAACUCUUGGAGAAACUCAAAGAACGAAUCGAAAAGGGAAAAGUAAUCAGGGAAGAAUUCAUCGAAAAGCUGAAGGAACUUCGCGAAAAGUUGAAGGAGAAGAGGAUCGACUUCACAAAGAAAGCUAAGGAAAUCUUUGAAAAACUGAAGGAUAAAGCAAGGGAAUAUUGGCAGAAAAUCUUGGACAGAUUUACAAAAGAUGAUAAUGAAGAAGUAGCAUUCGCAGAAGACGAUAACGUUAGGGAUGAAAUAGUAAAAUCCUUGAGAGAAGCUCUGGACAAAAUCUUAGACAAAAUUAAGGAAGCUGUCGAAAAAGGCAAAGGACUCAAAGAAGACUACUCUGAAAAGAUCAAAGAAAUCCGUGAAAAACUCAAAGAAAUGAAGGAGGACAUUGGAGCAAAGGCCAAGGAGCUUCUUGAAAAAAUCAAGGAAAAUGCCAAGGAUUAUUGGAAGAGGAUCCUGGAGAAACUGGGAAUGGAUAAACGCUCUAUUGACUACCAUCUCGAGGAAAUGUUCCAGGCUGAAGAUGACGAGGACUUAAAAACCAAGCUAAGGAAACACUUCGAUGAAAUUCUUGAGAAGAUCAAGGAUGCCAUCGAGAAAGGCAAGGUCGUCAAAGAAGAUUGGGUGGAAAAGAUGAAGGAGAUUCGUGGGAAACUCAAGGACAUGAGAGAAGACUUGAGUGAGAAGGCAAAGGAACUCCUCAAGAAGUUGAAAGAGAAAGCAAGGGACUACUGGGACAGGAUCCUUGAGAAACUUAAGCCAGACAAACGAUCCCUUUAUGAAGUCGAUGCCCUUUUCGCUGAUGAUGAUGAUCUGAAGACCAAACUCAAGAAACAUUUCGAUGAAAUCCUCGAGAAGCUCAAAGAUGCCAUCGAAAAAGGCAAAGUUGUCAGAGAAGACUGGAUUGAAAAGCUGAAGGAAACUCGCGAGAAGCUGAAGGAAAUGAAGGAAGACGUUAGUGAGAAGUUAAAGGAUUUCCUCAAAAAUCUGAGAGAGAAAGUAAAGGACUACUGGGAGAGAAUCCUUGAGAAGCUUAAACCAGAGAAACGAUCACUUGAUGAAGUAGAUGUUCUUUUCGCCGAAGAUGAGGAAUUUAGAAACAAACUAAAGAAACAUUUCGAUGAAAUCCUCGAGAAGAUUAAGGACGCCAUCGAGAAAGGCAAGGUCGUCAGAGAAGACUUGUUGGAAAAGGCGAAGGAAAUUUACGAAAAGCUGAAGGAAGUGAGAGAAGAUGUCCGAGAGAAGGUUAAAGAAUUCCUCAAAAAUUUGAGAGAGAAAGCCAGGGACUACUGGGACAGGAUUCUUGAAAAACUCAAACCAGAAAAACGAGCCCUUUACGAAAUGGAAGCCCUCUUUGCUGAUGAGGAGGAUCUGAAGAACAAACUGAAGAAAAAUUUCGACGAAAUCCUCGAGAAAAUCAAGGAUGCCAUCGAAAAAGGAAAGGUCGUCAAAGAGGAAUGGAUGGAAAAGGCAAAGGAUAUAUUCGCAAAGCUGAAGGAAAAGAGAGUAGAUCUUCGUGAGAAGGUAAAGGAGUUCCUCAAAAACUUGAAAGAGAAAGCAAAAGACUACUGGGAGAGAAUUCUUGAGAAACUCAAACCAGAAAAACGAUCUGUUUACGAAUCAAAUGGUCUCUUUGCUGAUGAUGAGGACCUGAAAGCUAAACUUAAGAAGCAUUUUGAAGAAAUUCUCGAUAAACUCAAGGAUGCCAUCGACAAAGGCAAGCUCGUCAAAGAAGAGUGGUUAGAAAAGCUAAAGGAAAUACGUGAGAAGCUCAGAGAUGUGAGAGAAGAUGUUAGCGAGAAAGUAAAGGAAUUCCUUAAAAAUUUGAGAGAGAAAGCAAAGGACUAUUGGGAGAGAAUCCUUGAGAAACUCAAGCCAGAGAAGGAUGUCAAAGAUGAAACAGAAUCCAAGCGAUCCAUCAAGGAUGUAUAUGAGAAGGUCAAGAACUACUUCAAGGACCUAAACAUCGAUCUCAAAGAAAAAUUUGCAAAGUUCGGAGAAUGGGUUAAGAACGAAUAUGGAAAAGCUUUGGAAAAGGGCAAGAGCAAGCUCGACAACGUCAAAAAGAUGGCUCGUGAAUUCUUGGAUGACACCAAGAAAAUGAGCAAGGACAUUGCCGAAGAAGCUCGAGAAUUUUUCAAGGAAUAUAAGGAGGACUUAGGCAACCUGUGGGAUGAAGUGCGCGAGAAAGUCAAAAAUGUCAUAAAAGGAGACUAAAAAUGGACUUUUCCCACUAAAUUUUAAGUUUCAAUUGAUGUAUUUAUGAUUAUUUUUGUUAGAAAUAAAUUUCUACUUUUCUAGUCAUA